GGGAAGGCCGAAGGUAGCCUCAUCAUGAUCUGAAAUUUUAGAAAAAGCAGGAUGAAAAUGGGAAGCAGACGAAAUCUAAGCGCUGCAGCACUGGUUGGUCGUAUUCAAAAAUCUAAACAAUGUAUAAAUUCCGAAAGGGAAGAAGGUUCAAUAGUGAGGAUCAAGCUCGAUAACUUUUUGACUUAUGAUUCGGUGGAGUUUCAUGCUGGUCCUUCUUUAAAUGUAAUUAUUGGUCCUAAUGGUACUGGGAAGAGCUCAAUUGUAUGUGCCAUAUGCUUAGGACUAGGUGGUAAGACUGGGCUACUAGGUCGAGCUCAGCAGUAUGGGGACUACAUCAAGUAUGGAUGCCAGAAAGCAAAGAUUGAAUUAGAACUAUACAACAGCAAUGGUGAAAACUGGAUCAUUUUGAGAGAAAUCCAGAAAAACAACACAUCUUCCUGGUCUGUUAAUGGUCGCACAGCAACUAUGAAAUCGGUGGAUGAACUGGUGGCCAGACUGAACAUUCAGGUAGGAAAUCUCUGCCAGUUCCUGCCUCAAGAAAAGGUCGCAGACUUUGCAAAAAUGACACCAGAAGAUCUCCUAGAAAACACAGAAAAAGCUGUUGGCAUACCAGAGAUGUAUGAAAAUCACCAGCGGCUUAAACAGUCCAGGAUAGAAGCUCGGUCACAUACACAAAACUUUAAUAGUCUGAAAGAAAGAUUAGCAGAUUUGCAACAAAUGAAUGCUCGCUUAGAGCAGGAUGUCAAAAACUUUGAAGAACGGGAAAAGCAUCUGGAAAAAAUAAGAAUCAUGAAAAUGAAGAGGCCAUGGCUUGAGUACGAGAUGCACAGACAAGAGCAUGAUAAACUAAAAAUGCACAGAGAUAAGAAAGUGGAGGAGUUGAAGGCAGCCAAGUCAAAGCUUCACCCUCUGGACAGAAAAAUAGAUGCCCUGAGGAAAAAGAAAGAGGAAAUGGAUGCACAGAUGAAAUCUAAGACAGAUGUUUUGAGAAAGUAUGCCAAUGAUGCCCAUGGCAACAGCAAAGAAAUCGAAAAGUACACAGAUCAGUUUCAAGAGGUUCAAGAUCUUCUUAAACAAAAAGAAAGUGAAGAAGAAAGUAGAAAAAGAAGAAUCGUGGACCUUAAAAGACAAGUAGAGGCUUUAGAAGAGGAACUGCAGACAUCUGUGGAAACUGCUAACAUUCAGGUCCAAUUAGAGGAGGUGACCAAUGAAAUGAGAAGAACGAACCAGAGAAUGACAGUGCUAAAUCAAGAUGGAGACAGAGUGCGGCGAGAAAUUGAGGGCCUGAAAAGACAAGUAGAUGGUUUCCAACAAGAACUUAAGGAAAUUCAGAAUAUCGAAAACCGUAAGCUUGAAAUGCUGAGGAACAGGCACAAACCAACUUAUGAUGCAGUCAUGUGGUAUAAGGACAAUCGUGAUAAAUUCCAAGGGCAAGUCCAUUUGCCUCUUUUACUGUCAGUAAAUCCAACAUCUCCUGCAGUAGCAAAGUUCAUAGAGAUGCAUAUCAGUGCUAAUGACAUGAGGGCCUUCAUUUUCGAGAAUACAGAAGAUUAUAAUGUGUUUAUGAGGGAAGUCCGAGAUAAACAGAACCUUAGGGUUAAUGCUUUGAAAGUGCCUCCUCAACAACUGGCAGCCUUCAAUGCUAGACACAAUAUCUCUCGUUAUAGUCAGUUUGGCUUUGUGAACUACCUGACUGAUUACAUCGUUUGUGCGGAUGGAGUAAGACGCUAUCUUUGUGCUCAGUACCAUAUUCACAACAUCCCUGUAGGAAGCCGACGCACAAAAGAUCUUGUGGAGGACAUCAAAAGAAAAUGUCCUGAACUGAGAACUUUCUACACUGAUGAGUACCAGUACACUUGUCGAGUAUCAAAGUAUGACAAAUCUGUGUCUUCCAGGAGCACCAAAAUCAGGGAUCCCCAGUGGAUGUCUGCUUCAGUGGAUGCCUCCAGAAUCCAAGAACUCAACAAUGAAAUCAAGAGUUGUCAAGAACAGAGGAGAGAGAAAGAGGCUACAUACACUAGGCUACAGCAAGAAUCGCAGGAACUGGACACGAAAAUGAACAAACUCCGAGAACAGAAGAAAAAUCUCUCUCAGUUGAAGGACAAGAAGAAAAGGUUGCAAUCUCAGAUUGACUCCAAGAAGCAAAGAAUUCUAAAUGAGGAGGCCGAAGCAAUAGAUUUAGAUGCAGAGAAGGAGGCAACAGACAGAAAAAAGAAGGACCUGAAUAUUAAAAUGUGUGUUUGUCUCCAGAAAAUGAAGGAUAACACUAAGGAAUGUUUGAGUCUCAGUAUAAGAAAGGUAAGGCUAAGCCUGAAGCAUGCCUCCAUUGUACGGGAUCUUCAGAAUUUGGAGGACGCAAAAAGAGAGCAAUCCCAUUCCUUGCAAGACUUGGAGAGGGAGUUUGAGGAGGCUAAAGAGAGAGUUAGAGAAAUUAAAGACAAGGCCAAGAGGUUGUUAUCUAUAGCUAAGAAAGCCACAGGGACGGCUGACAAUGAGGAAUUAUCUCCAGAAAUCAGAGCGUUAUUUAAGAAUGUAAUUGGUAACACUGUGGAGGAGAUUGAUGAGGCGAUCCACAUUCAGGAAGCCAGGGCUGACUCACUUUAUCAGACGGAUGAAAAGGUUGUGCAAGAAUAUCGUAAUCGUAAGACAGAAAUCAAUCAGUUAGAAACCGAAAUAGAAAAUCGUGAAAGAGAAAUAAGUGGUCAUCAGGAAAGAAUUGAGGAGAUUAAGCGACAAUGGCUGGAGCCUCUGCGAGAACUCAUGGAAAAGAUCAACGAGAACUUUGGCUAUUUCUUCUCCUGCAUGAAUUGUGCUGGAGAGGUGGAUCUCAGUGUUCCUGCUAAUGAGGAGGACUACGAGAAGUAUGGUGUAAGGAUCAAGGUGAAGUAUCGUGAUGCGGAGCAGUUGAGGGAGCUGAACAUGCACCACCAGAGUGGUGGUGAGAGGAGUGUGGCUACCGUCCUGUAUCUUCUGGCCCUCCAGGAACUGGCCAAGUGUCCAUUCAGGUGUGUCGACGAGAUCAACCAGGGCAUGGACCCGGUGAAUGAGAGGAAGGUGUUUGAGUUGGUAGUAAAAACAGUCUGCCAGAGAUCUAGGUCUCAGUAUUUCCUUCUUAGUCCCAAGCUACUGCCAGAUAUGGAAUAUGCAGACAACAUGACAUACCUCUGUGUUUAUAAUGGACCUCAUAUGCUGAGUCACAAAGACUGGGAUCUCAAGAAGUUUAUUCAGAGGAGGCGCAAACUAGGGAACGAUGAUUGAGCAAUGAAACAGACCACAAAAUAAAGGAAUCUUUGAAGGGGUGAAGAUUCCGGGACAAGGAUUGCAUGAGCAAUAAAUGAAAACAGCAAACCAAAACAAACUAAAAAAAUCUGUGAAUAUCAUUUAAUUAUUAAACAAAAAUUGGUUUUGAUGCAGUUUUCUUAGGUUACCUUUAUAAUAAGAUACCAGCCAAGGGAGAUUAUUUGUACAUGUACGUCUAUAUGCUUGUGAGAAGACUCUGAUACAUGUACAGUGUACCUGCAAUUGUGCUGUCUGCAGAAUAGGUGAUGUAGAUAAGUUAGUGCAUGUAGUGAAAGGUAUUGGAAUGUGAUGUGCAAUACACAGACUAUUUAUUUACUUGCUGGAAACUAAACUAGUCAUUUAUACUGUACGAAGAUAUUGAGAUGCUCUGGUUACCACGCCUGAUUUAGAUAAGCAUUAAGUGUUUAAUCAAUACCACAACUAGAAACACAACACCCUGUUAUGAAACUUAUAUCAUUUUACAGAAAAUGUCACCUUUGAUAUACAAGUACUUCAUUAGAUUUGUUUUAAACUUGGUACUAAUUCUUAAACUAAUGAUUAAAAUUGAAAUGUGUAAUUUGUAAGAGUCCAAAAUGUUGUAUUUCUGAAUUUGAAUAAAUUUAAAUGGGUGUCUUGAUUUUUGUUAAUUUGUAUCCAACCACAGACUUUUUUCGAAAGGAAGUUUAAAAUAUUUGAUAUUUGACUCAUGGCUCUUUACACUUCUGUUUCCCAUAUAUUUUUUUUUGUCUGGAAUGUUUUGUACUCAAUGUAGGAAUUAGUUUGUGUUAAUGUAGUUUAGUUGUGUUGUAAUGGAUAAAUGUACCAAAAUUGUCCCCCAUUUUCAUUUUGUUUUCCCUCCUUUUUGUUAUCUUUCUAUUUAUGUCAAUUUCUAUAUUUUAUCAGUGAUUUUUAGCAUUCCUGUAAAAUUUUCACCCUUCAGCUAACAAAUGAGGACUAACAAUGCAGCUUGCCCUCUGAUCAGUGUCACUUGGUCAAGGACAAGGUCAUUUGAGAAGAAUUAUCUGUAUUGAGCUAAAAGAUGUACGUUUCAGUGUGUUGUAAGAUAUUUUUGAAUAGUGCUAUUUUCCUAUCAUAAGUAAAUAUGUAUAUGCAAAUACAAAUUCACAUUUUUACCAUGUAUUUUAGAGACAGUUGUACCAGGAAACAUUUUAUCUGUAUUCUGUAAUAUUUAAAAAUCCAAUUGUAUUGGUAAAACGGUUGUGCAUCUUUGAAUCCUGAAAUUUGAAUCAUGAAAAUGUUCAGUUCUGUACUCUGAAAUAAUUUUACUUAGUUUGAUUUUAGAUUUGGAUACAUGAACAUUUAUCUGAAAAAAUAGGAUUGUUCUCAUUAUAGUCAAUAAAUAGAAGAUCAACGAACAAGGGAUAAUUUUUUCCCUAUAAUAAAUGUUUAUGUUGA